AUGCUCGGACGAUCUCUACCGGAAUAUGUCCUCAUCCGCCUCUCCAUCCUUGUCCUUCAACUCGUCCCGCUCCUCAGCAUAGCGUACCUAUGCGCGAGCUGGCGCUAUGGACAUGCGCUAUACUCCCCAUGGUUAGCCACAUAUGCUGGUUUAGAGACCUCUUUCUACUUCCUGCUCUCUGUACCACGGAAUAGCUGGCUGCAGAAGGCUGCCACACACCCGCCGGUACCCUCCCGCAAAGAGCGCGAAGCCCUUUUCGCGAAGUGUUUUGCGCAACUGCGCGGAACAUCGUUUGCUACCGGGUGGUUCCAUUUCGCAGACCCGAAACUCAACAAGCGCGAAAACCUGGUUGACUGGCUGUUGUGGGCGUUCUUUGGUACUCGCCGAGACGGCCUGCAAGAGGAGUGGGCAGAAGAGAUCGAAGGAUACCUGCGUAACAUUGAACAGCUCCUCGGGCACAAGAUAGAAGAAGGCCGGAAUCAUACUGUGCACGCCCUCAAGGUCUCGCUUGACCCGGUCGUGACGGCGAACAGGCCUUUGCUCUGGUAUGUUAUUGUCGCUUUGAUCGAUACCAUAGCGACCACCCAAUUGUAUCUCAAGGGCUUCAGACAUUAUGCUCCCUCUGGCGCAUGGGUGUGCUGCUUUCCUCCUCGCCCAUUAACAGUAUUUUCCAAUAAGUCGACCCGCGACGGUCUGAUCUACUGGCUCCGACCUCAUCGUUCGACCACGAAGGACCCAAUCCUCUUUUUCCACGGCAUCGGCAUUGGACUAUGGCCCUAUGUAUCCUUCCUCCAAGAGCUCGCGAACGCCGACCCCGAGGUCGGAAUCAUCGCCACCGAAUGCCUCGCUAUCAGCAUGCGCAUCUCUCCCACGCCCCUCUCGCGCCCCGAGAUGCUCACCGCCCUCACCGCCCUCCUCAACGCGCACUCGGUCCCCCGCGUCGUCGUCGUCGCCCACUCCUACGGCACUGUCCACGCCGCGCACAUGCUCCGCGACCCGACGCUCAGCGCGCGCGUCUCCGCAUGGGUGUUCAUCGACCCGAUACCGUUCCUUCUCCACCAGCCGUCCGUCGCGUACAACUUCGUGUACCGCGAGCCGCGCGCGGCGAACGAGUGGGCGGUGUGGUACUACGCCAGCCGCGACCCCGACAUCGCGCGUACGCUCGCACGGCACUUCUUCUGGACGGAGAACAUCUUGUGGAAGGAGGACGUCGCGGGGAGGGACGUCGUGGUGGUGCUGAGCGAGCUGGAUCAGAUUGUCGACGCAAGGGAGGUUCGGCGGUACUUGACGGACGAUGAGGCGGACGAACCGAAGUUCCGCUGGGAGAAGGAUGGCUUGCAGGUGCUGUGGUACAGGGGCAUCGACCAUGCGCAGGUGUUUGAUACGAAGACACGUCGAGGGCCGUUGGUCCGCAUUCUGCGUAGCUUCGCUGAGCGGAAAGGAUGGCUGGUUUGA